AUGGUCUUCCCCAAUCUGCAAGCCGAUGACUAUCGCCACCCUCUAGAUUUAGAGGUGUUCAUUCUUUUCCGCUUCGAUUUCGACUUCUUUUUCGCUCCCCUGUUUUCCUUUAUACUUGAGAGACUGAGAAUAUUGGGCAUUCGGCUGUAUAAAUCAGAGCCAGGUUCUUCGGCUGAGAUGGAAGAAGCUUUCAAAGAUAUAGUCGCACUUUUCCUUGCAGAAGGUGCGUUUCCAUCAGAAAAAAUUGAGGAUGAUGGCACGUCCGUUCUGGCCGGUCCGACUCAGCAUUCUGAUACAUACAAGUUGAUGGCUGAGACUGCCGAGAUCCUCAAUAUCACGACACCUUUACUCUACAUUCGGAGGCAUGAUGUACCUUUAGCUCGUGCAGUUGGACUAGACACACCCUAUGUUGUUGUUCACUCUAGUCUUCUUAACCUUCUCACCCCACAAGAGCUGCAGGCUGUUUUCGCUCGUGAGUUGGCUCAUCUGAAAUGCGGUCAUUAUGUGUUGUUCAAACUUGCAGCUUUGACUGUCCUUAUAGCUGUGACUAUGCCUGAUUCGGUGCCUCAACAAAAUCCAUUGAAAGAGUUACUUCGUUGGCGUCGAGCAUCAGACCUAUCUUGUGAUCGUGCAUCGCUUCUUGUUGCACAAGACCCAAAGGUGGUCAUCUCUGCUAUAAUGAAAGCAGCCGCGGGAUUUCCAUCCAUGGUAGAAGAACGAGAUGUUGAUGCAUAUUUGGCAGCGGCUCGUGCUUAUGUCGCUGCUUCUUCUUCAUUCCCCACAGAGCAGUGUGGGGAUGCUCUUGAUGCUCUUGCAAGAGAACCUGUGCCCCUGCUACGUGCUUAUGAGAUUGAUGAGUGGUCCAGAAGCAAAGAGUAUGCAAUGCUGCUAACCACCGCAACAACUCCAGGAGAGCAAAUGAAGAAAACAAAUCUUGAAGCUCUUAUAAAAAAGAAGAUCAUUGAGAACCUUUCGGAGCAAAUUGAUUUGGGCAAAAAGAUGAUGGAGAAGUUUUUGGAGCAAAUUGAUUUGGAAAAAAUUCUAAGAGAUGUGCAAAUAAAUUGA